AUGCUUCGUUUCACUCGAUCCCCGGCAGCCGCCAUCAGUCUCCGGCGCCUCACCACGCUGGCCCCCCGCUGGCAGGCGGUGGUGAUGCUGGGCACCCGGCUUGCCAAACAGAUCCGCGGCCAGAUCCACGACCAUGUCGUCGACUAUAACGUUGCUCACCACCCUGAGUUGGCCGGCAAGCCUUUGCUGUUUGACGACCUCAAAUUCAAGCCGCUGUUGGUGAUUAUCCAAGUUGGCGACCGUCCCGAUUCGCUGGCGUACGUGAGACUGAAGCUCAAGGCCGCUCAAGGGUCUAACAUCGACGCUCGUUUGGUGAAAUUUGACACUCUGAUUACUGAGGAGAAGUUGUUGGACGAGAUUGCCGCCAUCAACGAUGACCCCAGCGUCAACGGGCUUUUGAUCCAAUUGCCGUUACCUAAACACAUCAAUGAGACCUUGAUUACCAACGCUGUGGCCACCGAAAAGGACGUCGAUGGUUUUGACCGUUAUAACGUCGGUGAACUCUCCAAGAGAGGUGGUUCUCCCUUGUUCAAGCCCUGUACUCCUAACGGGGUGAUGGAGCUUAUUAAGCAAACUGGUGUCGAAUUAAAGGGUAAGCACGCCGUAGUCAUCGGCAGAAGUGACAUCGUCGGUACCCCUGUCGCCGCCAUGUUGCGUAACGCUGACUGUACCGUUACUGUGUGCCACUCCCGUACUAAGAACAUCCCCGAAAUGGUCCGUCAGGCCGACAUUGUUGUGGCCGCUGUGGGUAUCCCUGAAUACGUUAAGGGCGACUGGAUCAAGCCUGGUGCGGUUGUCAUCGAUGUCGGUAUCAACUACAAGGAUGACCCCACCCACAAGAACGGCCGUCGUCUCGUCGGUGACGUUGACUACGCCGAAGUGGCCGAGAAGGCGCUGUUCAUCACCCCUGUCCCCGGUGGUGUGGGUCCGAUGACCGUCGCCAUGCUCUGCUCUAAUGUGUUUGACGCUGCUCGUUAUCAACAACAGAACAAGACCAAAUUUGUUCCUCUUCCCGUGAAGUUGGAAAACCCCGUGCCGCUGGAUAUUGCCAUUUCCAGAGCUCAACAACCGAAAAAGAUCACCAAAGUCGCUAAGGAAUUGGGGCUUUUGGAAGCGGAACUCGAACCUUUUGGCCACUACAAGGCUAAAGUCGACACCAAAAAGGUUGUGGACCGUUUGAGAAAGACUCACGGUGACGCCGUCGGUAACUACGUGCUUGUUGCCGGUAUCACUCCCACCCCUCUUGGUGAAGGCAAGCUGACUACUACCAUGGGUCUUACCCAAGCUUUAGGGGCUCACUUGGGCUACCACUCAAUUGCUAACGUCCGUCAGCCGCUGAUGGGUCCCACUUUUGGCGUUAAAGGUGGCGCUGCUGGAGGUGGCUACUCGCAAGUGAUUCCUAUGGACGAAUUCAACAUGCACUUGACUGGUGACAUCCACGCCAUCUCUGCGGCUCAAAACUUGUUGUGUGCUGCUGUCGACACCCGUAUGUUCCACGAAUACACUCUGAAGCUGAUUGGCGGCUUCUACAAGCGGUUGGUCCCCGCCAAGAAGGGGGUGCGCAAGUUCACUCCCUCGAUGCUCAAGCGUCUUGAGAAGUUGGGCAUCAACAAGACUAACCCUGACGACUUGACCCCCGAGGAAAUUGAACGGUUUGCUAAGCUUGACAUCGACCCCGAGCUGAUUACCAUUAAGAGAGUCGUCGACUGUAACGACCGGUUUGUGCGGGAAAUGACCAUCGGUGAAGGUAAGAACGAAGCCCUGAAGUUCCCGCCGAGAAAGCUGGGGAUGGAUAUCACCGUGGCCCUGGAGAUCAUGGCCAUCCUCGCUCUUUCCACUUCACUCCAAGACUUGCGUGACCGUGUUGGUCGCAUCGUCGUCGGUACUCAACGUAACACUGGCGAAGCGAUUACUGCUGAAGAUAUCGGUGUGGCUGGUGCCAUCACCGCUCUCCUCAAGGACGCCAUCAAGCCUAACUUGAUGCAAUCGCUUGAAGGUACCCCCGUGUUUGUCCACGCCGGUCCCUUUGCCAACAUCUCCAUCGGUGCUUCGUCGGUGGUGGCUGACCAAUUGGCGUUGGCUUUGACCGGUCCCCAGAAGGGUUACGUUGUCACUGAGGCUGGUUUCGACUUCACCAUGGGUGGGGAACGUUUCUUCAACAUUAAGUGCCGUACCUCGGGUUUCAAGCCCAACGCGGUGGUGCUUGUGGCCACUCUGAGAGCGCUUAAGCUCCACGGCGGUGCUCCCGACGUCAAGCCUGGCCAAGCAUUGCCUCAAGAGUACACUACCGAAAACCUCGACUUCUUGAGCGCUGGUUGUGCCAACUUGGCUAAGCAAAUCGCUAACAUCAAGCAGUACAACGUCCCCGUGGUUGUGGCCAUCAACACUUUCGAAACCGACACUCCUGCCGAACUUGAAUUGAUCAAGCAAAAGGCGCUUGCUGCCGGUGCUGACUUUGCCGUGCCCCUGAACCACUGGGCUGAAGGUGGUAAGGGUGCCGUCAACCUCGCCAAGGCGGUGGUGGAAGCCUGUGAACAAGGCGAUCGCACCCCUACUUACUUGUACGACACUGAGCUGCUGGUGGAAGACAAGAUCCGCACCAUUGCCCAGAAGAUGUACGGCGCUGCCGACAUUGAGUUGUCGCCGUUGGCUAAGCAGCAGAUCGAAACCUACACCCGCCAGGGCUACGACAAGUUGCCCAUUUGCAUUGCUAAGACGCAGUACUCGUUGUCGCACGACCCUGCGCUCAAGGGUGUUCCUCAAGGGUUCGUGGUGCCGAUCAGAGAGGUGAGAUGUCUGGCGGGGGCGGGCUACCUUUACGCGUUGGCGGCGGAGAUCAUGACCAUCCCCGGGUUGCCGACGCACGCCGGGUUCAUGAACGUCGAGGUCAACGACGACGGAGAAAUCGAAGGACUUUUUUAA